UCCGCUUUCUUGCUGUUGAACGCGGGGAGGGAACCGAAGCUGGCUGACGCUCCGAGCGGCGGCGCAGAGCGCAGCGCACCGCGCACCUGGGAACUUAGUCCCGGGCGCGGCGCCGGAGCCCCGAAGCGCGGGCCGGAGCUCCCUCUGCGGGAGCGCGGCGGCGACGCUCCUCCUUUCCCUCCACGUCACGGGGGCCGCUCAGCGCGCUCCCAGCCCCCGGCCGAGGGAGAGCGACUCCCUAGCCGGGCGCGCUGAGGAGGUGGCGGCGGAGGACGAGGAGGAGGCGAGAGCCCGGAGCCAAAGGCUGCCGCCGCCGCCGAGGGGCUGGGAUCCCGAAGCGCAGCUCGCGGCCGGCCCGGAGCGACUCGUCCAUCCGCGGGGACUCCGCGCCCGGGGCUCCCCCGUUCCCUUUUCAAUGAAGACAUUCAAAUGUUGUUUUAAAUAUCACCUACAACAGAAAGUUUUCAUCCUGUUUCUAACGCUAUGGCUGCUCUCGUUGUUGAAGCUCCUAAAUGUUAAACGAUUCCUCUUCCCUGAACGGGGCAUUUACUUGGUUGAGUACUCUCUAAGUACCUCGCCUUUUGUAAGGAACAGAUACACCCAUGUCAAGAAUGAAAUCGGAUAUGAGAUUAACUGUUCGGGUGUCUAUGAACAGGAGCCUUUGGAAAUUGGCAAGAGUCUGGAAAUAAGAAGAAGAACCAUCAUCGACUUGGAUGAUGAUGAUGUUGUGGCAAUCACCAGUGAUUGUGAGAUUUAUCAGGCCCUCCGAAGCUACGAUGAAAAGCUUGUUUCAGAGGAGGAGAAAAGCUUCCCAAUAGCCUAUUCUUUGGUUGUUCACAAAGAUGCAAUUAUGGUUGAAAGGCUAAUCCUUGCCAUAUACAACCAGCACAAUAUUUAUUGCAUCCAUUAUGACCAAAAAUCAUCGGAUACCUUCAAAGUUGCCAUGAACAACUUAGCUAAGUGCUUCUCCAAUAUUUUCAUUGCUUCCAAAUUAGAGACUGUGCAGUACGCACACAUUUCCAGACUCCAGGCUGAUUUAAAUUGCCUGUCAGACCUCCUCAAGUCUUCAGUUCAGUGGAAAUAUGUUAUCAACCUGUGUGGGCAGGAUUUUCCUUUGAAGUCAAACUUUGAAUUAGUGUCAGAGUUGAAGAAACUCAAUGGAUCAAAUAUGUUAGAGACAGUGAAACCCCCUAGCACUAAGACAGAAAGAUUCACUUAUCACCAUGAGCUCAAACAGGCACCUUAUGAAUAUGUGAAACUACCAAUGAGGACAAACAUUUCCAAGGAGGCCCCCCCUCAUAACAUCGAGAUAUUUGUUGGCAGUGCUUAUUUUGUGUUGAGUCGAGCAUUUGUUAAAUAUAUUUUCAACAACUCCUUUGUUAAAGACUUUUUUGCCUGGUCUAAAGAUACAUACUCACCUGAUGAGCACUUUUGGGCUACCUUAAUUCGGGUACCAGGAAUCCCUGGGGAGAUUUCUAAGACAGCCCAGGAUGUGUCUGACCUGCAGAGUAAGACCCGCCUGGUCAAAUGGAAUUAUCUAGAAGGCCUCUUCUAUCCCAGUUGUACUGGCUCUCACCUCCGAAGUGUGUGUAUCUAUGGAGCAGCGGAACUAAGGUGGCUUAUGAAAUAUGGACAUUGGUUUGCUAAUAAAUUUGAUUCUAAGGUGGACCCCGUCUUGAUUAAAUGCUUGGCAGAAAAGCUUGAAGAACAGCAGAGAAAGUGGAUCACACUGUCUUCAGCAAAGUUAUUUAUGACUAAACCUUCCAUAACCACCUCAUGAUAAAAUUGUAAUGGAAAAAAAGGUUAAGAUGGAAUUGCAUGCUGUACCACGGCCAGUACCAUUUGAAAGGUGUCUACAGUUCCAUGAACAAGGGAAAGAGACCUGGCCUUUGGUGACAAUUAGUCUGCAAUCGGUUGGAUGUUCUUAUGUUUGUUUUCACUUGUAAUCUCACUGAGCUAAGUGGGAGAUUUUAAACAGUCAGUAAUCUGAUAUGUGUUGAGUUUCUGCUGUAUACCGGGCACUUUUUAAAAAACAUACAGGAAUUAAAUCCCAGUUGUCAUGAGUUACAGUUACCCCAGUCACACAGCAAUCUAACUAUCUUAGGUUCUCCACAUGACAAUCAGGGUGCCGCUGAAGAAGUAGUGGAGUGAUCACAUAGCCGUGUUAACCGCCAGUUUCAGAGCAGUGUUCAAGCACAGUGACGGCACUCCACUUGCCUGUUAGUUCAGCGCCUUAGACUCUUCUCAACCAUUGGAAUACUAGAAAGACUGUACUACCUCAGAAGAACUCAAAGAACUGUUCGAUUUCCUACUUGCCAAAGCCUAACUUACCUUGUGGCACCUUGUCUGUUGCGUGCAUGGCCCGGGACAUUGAUGGCCGGGCGUUUCUAGCGUGUGAGUGUCAGGAAGGCGGCCGGGCAUUUCUAGCGUGUGAGUGUCAGGAAGGCGGCCGGGCGUUUCUAGCGUGUGAGUGUCAGGAAGGCGGUGGGGUGCCUGGGGGAGCGGCGGUGCUGCUGAGGGGGAAUGAAGGGAUCUGUAUGACUUUUCCAUCACAUUUCCCAACGGUGUCUGGAAUGGCCUCCUGUUUUAAUUCAGCUGUUUCUUUAAAACAUAUUUACUGAUUAAAAUUAAAAACUGCUUAACAGUUCAGCGUCACUCUCCAGAACAUUGAACCUAAUUCUUUCAACUCAUAGAUUAUCAGUAUAUGUAAGUUGUUGGUUUUUUUUUUUUUUUACACCGCAAUAGGUACAAUUUUGUUUUGUGAAACUGUCAAGCUAAAAAUCACUGAAUUUUCUUCAAAAGAUUGUAUGAAAUAAGACAGCUUUCUAAAUUAACUAUUAGUCAUUUAAAACGUGUUCUUCUCCAACAACUAUCAAGUAGAGUUCAAACGUAAAAUUAUCAAAGCUCUAAGUUUAUUGCAGUGUUCUCAGCUUUGAUCCAAGAGAGAAAAAGCUAAUUUUCCUAAGGACAUAGCAAGGAAAUUCACUAAUAAUAUUUUGUGAAAACUACACCCUAGAAAACUACCAAAAUGAGUCAAAAUAUACAUGUAUUUUCCUGUAAUUACUGUGCUGGAGGUGAAAUGAGACAGGAGUGAGGGUCCUCAGAACAGGUUAUGAUAUUUUUAUGUCUACUGGGAAAUCAUGAAACUCAUGUCAGAAUUUCUUGGUGAUCUUAUGUUUCAGUGUCAGCCUCAGUAACUACAUAAAGAUAUGGUAAUCCAGGCUAGUAUGAGACAGUUGGGAAGAUUGAAGUAUUUAAAUGUGUUUUUAAAUGUCUGUGUUCUACAUGUGAGAUGCCUUUUGCUUGUUUUAAAGUUUAUGAUGUGGUCUGCCAAGUGGCACCACUUCUGUCUCUCUUUCUUUUUCUCAUGGAUUCAUUUAUAUUCUCUUUUUUUCUGCCUCCUUCAAAUUACCAGUUUCUCCAUGUGUGUGACUGUGACAAGCUUGUUGCUUUCCUCUCCAGGAGCCUCAGUUUUCUUCGUCUAUAAAGGGAACACGUGGGUGUGUCCUGGCUGCCUCACAGAUUUCUGUGUGAGGGUAUCAAAUGCAAUCGUGUAUGAAGUGGCUUGAAGAUGGGGACAAAUUAUUGAAAUACCAGCAAGCAGUCUUACUGUGAGGGAAACGGAGAUCCCAACCCCAUUGUGAUACUUCACUAUGCACCUUUUCUGAAAAACCUUCCAAAUAUACAAAGAAGGCACAGUCUUCAAGGCAACUUCUGUAACUGAGUCCAGUUAUGAAGAAACCCCUGUCCCGACACCUGGGGUCCUUUUUAAGCCAGUAGGAUUAGGAAAUUGGCCCAGUGGCUUAAAUCAGGAGUAGGGGUAGAAAUACUUUUCCUACCACCCAGGCUUAAAAACACAAAGCCCUGCUGAGAUAUUUUUUAUGCCUUUGGUCAUCAGAGUAAUGUAAAUGAUGAGAGAGAAAUACCGACCUCCUGGUCCAAUGUCUUGUCUCCUGGUGAGAAAUGAUCCUAGCCUUUGCUUAGUGGGAAAUUUUCCAGAUGUUAGUCACUUUAAUGCCAUAUUCAAGUGAAACGUGGCGCCAUGAAGAGGUGACGGUGCCUUGUCCCCAUGGACACAUUUCUCAGGAUUCAGUUCCUGACAGUUUGCCUGUCAUUUGGGGGAGCUUGUCAGAUCAUUCUCUCUUGCCUUGGGAAUCCCACAGAUUCCUGCAUGCCUUCAAACCUCCUUCAAACCUGAUUCCCCCCUAAAAUGUUUUAGUAUGGUUCUCUGUAGUCUGGAGAAUGUUUGGCAAUCUGUGUUUUAUAAUAAUUCUUUGCAUAGUAUUUAUUGACACUAGAUUCUAUGUUAUUUGACGAUGAGACCAUUACCUUGGAGUUUGUAAAUUAUAUCAGAUAAUAAUGAAAGAGCCACCCAAAUAUGUCUACAUUAUGUGAAUAAUCUACUGUAAUUUAAAGACCAGUGUUGCUGCUAUUUUUAAUGUUUAGUUUAUUUUAAUUGAAAUAUAUGUAAUGUUUAAAUUUAGGGAAUUAAAUUUGAAGAUUUCUCUUGCCUUCCAGAAUGUGAAUAUUAUGCAUAAGUAUAUAUAUUUUUGACAUAUUGUGGAGAAAACAAAAUGACAAUCUUUUCAUGAGACUGUAAAGUGAAUGAUGAUGAUGGAAUGAGCUGUGAUUUUUGUUAACAUUUUUAUCAACGUGUCUCGAAAUCUCCAACUUUUUUUUCCACGUUUCUUGAAAGACAUGUUCCCAUUAUAUGAGUUUCAAGUAGAUUGGGGUUGCAUUUUUGUAUUAUGCUGUUACUAGAUGUUAAUCUCUAGUACGGUCAAAUAAAAUGUGCCUCCAAAACCAA